AAAAACUUCAUAAGUAGUUAAAGACUAUCUCCAUCAUAUACUAUUCAUCACAGAAAAAAAUAAUACCUUUUGCUCACAAAACAAAAAUUUAUCUUUGCAGUCAAAUACUGAUAGUACUACUAGCCCUAUAGAAUUCAUUUAUUUCUGAUUUCAUAAUGGUUUCUCUCCCCAAUCCUCCAGUUUUAAAAACCACUAUAAUUCAAUUGAAUAAAGAAUUAGAUUCAGAUGAUAAUAAUUAUGAAAUUUUAACUAAUGAAUAUCUUAAUGGUUCAAAUAAUAAAUCUGAUUCAACUACUCCAAGAGAUGUUGGAGAUAUUGUAUCUCCAAAUAAUGGUCUUGAUAUAAUAUCUACAACUGCAACAUCUCCAUCUCUUGGUGCAGUACCUAAUAAAAAGAAGAGAAGAAGAUCAUCAGCAAAUAUUGAUUCUGAAGAAUUAGCUAAAAGAAAACAUGAAACUAAACAAUUACAUUCAAUAAUUGAAAAAAGAAGAAGAAUAAAAAUUAAUCGAGAAUUUGAAGCUUUAAAAUAUUUAAUACCGGCUUGUAGAACUUCGACUGGUAGUUCAAGUAAUCCUUCAACUCCUAAUAUAACUGCAAUUAAUUCAAAAAAGACUCCUCCACCUUCAAAUAAUAAUAAUAAUAAUAAUAAUAAUGGUAAUAAAAUUGAUGGAAUGUAUAAAUUAACCAUAUUAAAAUCAUCAGUUGAAUAUAUUUUAUAUCUUCAUCAUAUAAUACAAAAACAACAUGAAUUAUUAAUUAAUGCUACUAAUGAAAAUAUUGAAACAAAUGGUAAUAAUAGUGUUCUUGAAAAUUAUAAAAAUUUUAGUAUUGAUUUUGCUAAAAUUCCUCUUAAUGUUAAUCAAUAUAGAAAUAUUGAUAAAGAUUUUAGUUUUAAAGAUUUAUUAACUGAUUAUGAAAAUGGUACAACUAUAUCACCUACAAGUAAUAAUACUACCAAAAGAAAUUAUGAUUUUAGAACUCAUGUAAUUAAAGAAGAAGAUGAAAAUGAAGGUGAAGAUGAUAAUCAAAAUGGUAAUGAAGAUGAAGAUGAUGAAGAUAAUUAUUCAACAAUUAGUAAAGAUCAAUUACCUUCACCUGAUAUUACUCCAAAUAUGGCACCUAUACUUACUUUAUUAAAUAAAUAUUCAGGAACUUCAAAUAAUGGAUCUUCAAAUAUUAGGAAAAGUUCUUAUCCAGGUAGUCCAAAUACUCUUGCAAUUAAUUCAGCUAAUGCUUCACCAUUUUCUCAUCCAUUAAAAUCAAGUUUUUCAUCAAUUCCAUUAACUAAAGCUUCAUCUUCUUCACCACCAAUGAGAUUUCAAAGAAGUAGUCUUUCAAAUAAUUCAAAUAAUUCAAAUUCUAAUAAAUUUAGUUUACCUGAUCCGGCAAUAAAUCCUAAUUCACAACUUUCUGAAUUACCAAAGAAGAAAUUUUUUAAAUCAAAGAUUCCUAAUGCUGUAAUCUUUAAUGGGAAUGGAAAUAGAAAUGGUAAUGAUGAAGAUGAAGAUGAGAAGGAUAUUGAUGAAAUUGAUGAAAGAUUAAGUGACCAAGAUGCAUCCAAGACAUUAUUGGCCUUAAGAAAGUCAAGUAUUGACAGUUUAUUAAAUUAGAAUAUUUAGUGGAUUACUAUUUCAAUUCUUGUGAGACAUAAUAAUUUUUAUCAUUACUGCUUUAUUAUAUACUAUACUAGUUUAAUUCUUUUAUA